GCAAUCAUCAGUCUCUUUCCCUUCAUGUUCAUUCAUCUCCUUUCCGCCUCUGCUUCGAGUGUUCUUUCGUAUAUUCACCUUCCCACUUAGCGCCUAUGAAGUUCUCUCUAAUGCCGGUGGCCGCUGCCACCUUGUUUCUGGCAACUGUUCAGUCCUAUACCAUUGAUCGAGAGAGUUGUGCAAAACACUACGAUCUUGUACAGGAAAUGGUGGAUGGUGCGUGGGUUCGAGCCAACGCUGCCUUGGUUCGAGCUCAAGCAGAUCCACAUGACGCCGAUACGGAGCGACUGCUGAGAAACAUAUUCGAUGCCGAAGGCGAUGAGGCAAGGAGAAUUGUCCUCGAGAGAAUUGAAAGGAGUACCGUGAAUGGUAACCAGGAUUUCGGUAUCUUCCAAUUCGAAGAGAAGAAAGACAUCGCGCGCGACCGGUACAAGGUAGACUUGUUCAGAAACGAUGUGGUCAUCUUUUGCAAUACAGAUCGAUACAAGCGCUUCUCAAAGGAUCCAGAAGCAAAGUUUGGAGUAUUGUUUGACGAGGUUUUGGAAGAAGCGGUCGGCAUGACCGACGGGUGUGGCGCUGCAUUUGCCUGGACACUUCCAUACAGAAGAUACAACGUUAUUCAGCUCUGCGACUGGUUCCUCACCUACGCGGCGAAUAAGAAAUAUAAGACGAUAACAGAUCUGACGUCGAUCAAAGGAAAUCUUGCGGCUGCAGGUGCAGACAAACUCAUCACCAAGGCUCUCUACACGCCGAUUGACCUCAUUCAGCUGUGGGACAAAGUUAUGUACCACGAAUUUUUCCAUACUACUGCUGGCAAGAACGCGGAGGACUAUGGUGGCUUUGGUGGCUAUGGUUGGAAGAACGUCAAGAAGCUCGCAAAGAAGAACAAGGAGCAGGCGGCGAACAAUGCUGACUCUCAUGCCUUGGUCGGCGCUGCAUCCUGGCUUAUGGAAGAAGGAUAUGCUGUCGGGGAUGACGGAAAGAUAACCAAGAUGGAGUAG